AAUUCGAGAAAUGUCAUUUUGCUCUGAACAACUUCACCUUGUCAUUUAUAACACCUUGGUUGUGUGUGCAUUCUCGAGAAGCGGCCGUUUACAUCAAAGUCAUAAGAAAAUCUUAUAUAGUUAAGCACAGUUCGUCACAAUGCCAUCGUCAGCCUCAGACAACAGAAUUGAAACGCAGAGCUAUCCGGAAGGUUCCAAACCGCAGAAUGAGUCCAAAGACAUGGAAAGGCGUCACCGCAGAAACGAAGACUUGGCUCGCUUUAUCCUUACUCGUACCUCUAUUUACCUUCACCGUAUCAACAAGGCAAUGUCGGAGACGGCCGCCCGGUACAGGCUACAGGAGAUUGCUCACGCCAUUUUUGCCAGCUUACAUCAGUACCCGAUCCUGGCGCUAGCAGUGGCGAUUGUGAUUUUCGUCUUCACGCUACCAUUCCUGGUAUUUAUUUUCUUCACGAUGACUACAGCGGUGAUGGCCUUUACCGGGUUUGUGCUGAUCGAGGGUGCACUCAUAACGGCUGCAUCGGUCAUGCUCGUCAGUUUGCUGAUCGGAGUGUUUCUGAUGAUGGUCAUCGUCGGGCUAAUGUUUCUGACCGGCUACUUUGGCAUCUCACGCGUGUACGAGUGCGUGUCUCGGUUAAAGAUAGACGAUCUGCGGGAAUAUUUGCGCAACAAUCACUAGAGAGCCCUGUGGAAACCAUUUCUUGGUUGUUUUGUACUUAAUUUCACUUAAAUUUUGAACAGUCGGUUUAGUAUUAAUCUGUACUGUGAUAGCAAUUGUCGGAACGAGGUUAAACUAUAGCAUUUGGCGGCAUAGUAAACAAAAACAGAAUCAUUUUAAACGGUUCCAUAUUUAUUACAGGUGUAGGGAAAUGGUUCACAACAGUUACCAAUGAAUGAAGCUACCUAUCUCGAAUCAGGCGGCUUUGCGCCAAUAAUGAACAAAUCAUGAACAAAGUUAUCAUAUGUAAAUGGUCCGUUAAAAAAAGGACGGGAGAGAGCAAUAUACAGUAGGUGACCGCUAA